CUCUCUUGUUUGUGCCCAGUUUGGUUUUUACUACCAGGACUGUUUAUUCGUAUUUUUGUUAUUAUUCUUCGUUUAAAGUUUAUUGACAACGGGAUGAAAAGAAAGCAAAGAAAGAAAGAGUCCCCCAGGAAGCCAGACGGCGCCGGGCUGGCGACAGUGGGGCAGACAGAGGGCCGGACGCAGGGCAGGGGGAGCACGGCGGCGAGGGAGGCUGUGAUCGGAGGAUCGGCGGCGGGCUGGUGGAAGAUGUCUGCGGGGGGCAGCGGGGGGUCCGCGGCAGAGGAGGGCCCAAUCGGAAUCCCGUUCCCAGACCACAGCGGCGAGAUCCUGGGCGGGCUGAACGAGCAGCGGCGCAGCGGGGCGCUGUGUGACCUGCUCCUCGUGGCACAGGGGUGCGAGUUCCCCGCUCACCGCUCUGUGCUCGCCGCCUGCAGCCCGUACUUCCACAAGCUCUUCACCUCGGGGCCCGCCGCGGACCGGCAGAGCGUCUACGGGAUCGACUUCGUGAGUCCAGGGGCCCUGGCCUCUCUCCUGGACUUCGCCUACACCGCCACCCUCACCCUCAACGCAACCAACGUGGGCGAGGUCCUGAGCGCCGCACGCCUCCUCGAGAUCCGGCCUGUGAGGGAGGUCUGCUGCCACCUGCUGGAGACCAAGGUGCUCAGCACACAGGGCAGCGAUGUGGUUGUGGGGAGAGGGGAGGAGGGGGCGGAGGGGAGCUCCCAGCUGACACACCCCCCUGGGGACUCUGUUGACCAGGGGAACCGGCUCCGGGCUCAGGAAUACCUGGAAUUCUUCCAGAGCUGUGGAUCCCGGUGGAGCAGCAGCUGCAGCACGCCGGAGCUGGGAGACCCCGGCCACCACAAUGGAGGAGGAGGGGCAGGAGCACCCCAGAGCAACGACAGCACAGCACCCAGCGAGCACCACUCACCCCUGGGCAUGCCACAGCACCCCUCCCUGGCAGGGCAGGAGGAGGAAGAGGAGGAGGUAGAGGGGGGAGAGGGAAGAGGAGGGGAGUCGGUACACCGAAACGACGUCCAGUACUACUUGGCUGCAGCACGUCUUGAAACUCCGUUCGAGUCCCCAGAAGGCUCCCAGGUCACCCCCCCGUCCCCCUGGGGGUGGGUGUCGGAGGGGUACCAGCUUAGUCGAAAAGCAGUCUCCUCCGGGUCUACACCUCAAAUGUUGAAUUACUUUAACAGCUCUCAAGAGGGGGAGGGGGAGAGGGAGGGUCUGGGGGCCGUGCUGGAGGGGCCUGGGGCCGGCGGGGAAAAGAAGAUGCGCUCCAAGGCCUUCCAGAAGUGUCCCAUCUGCUCCAAGGUGAUCCAGGGGGCGGGGAAGCUGCCUCGGCACAUCCGCACUCACACCGGAGAGAAGCCCUAUGAGUGUGUCAUCUGCAACGUGCGCUUCACCAGGCAGGACAAGCUGAAGGUUCACAUGCGGAAGCACACGGGUGAGAAGCCGUACCUGUGCUCUCAGUGCGGUGCUGCCUUUGCUCACAACUACGACCUGAAGAACCACCAGCGCGUGCACACAGGCCUGCGACCCUACCAGUGCAGCUGCUGCUUCAAGACCUUCGUGCGCUCAGACCACCUGCACCGCCACCUCAAGAAGGACGGCUGCAACGGGGUGCCCUCGCGCCGGGGCCGCAAACCCAGGCUGCAGGAGCCAGCGGGGGCCACAGCAGGGCAGCGAGGCCGCGAGCGCCGGAGACAGGAGCCAGCACCCAGCAGCCAGGACACAGGGCCAGCAGAGGGGCUGCGCUCGGGGGAGAGAGAGCUGGAGAGCACGGAGACCGUGGGGUAACGUGACGAUUAACAAAAAGACACACAAACUUAUGAAAGACUGUUCUUUAGAAAAAAAUUUAAAAAAAAACAACUAAACUACAAAAAAAAACAAACAAAAAAAAAAAAAACAACCAAAUCAGGGCAUCACAAAAUCUAAUCUGAAGUUUCUUUCUCCAGGAUUAUUAUUAUUUUUUUUGGUUGUUGUAAUUCCUGUUAUUUUUGAAUGUUUUAUUUAUAAUAUGUGUUUCUGGCUCCAGUCUGCUGGUGAGGAUUCAGAUUCAUUGAGACUCGAGGUGUGUUUUAGUAGCGCUCGUGUUUAGGGGUGCGUGUUGUUUUAAACAGGGUGCCGAUUAGCUCUGUGUCGUGAUGUCGGGGUGCUCCUCUGGGAUUGGGCUGUCUUUCGGGUGAAACGUUAAACCUGAUCCUGUCUGUUCUGCUGCUGGACUGUCGACACCCUGUCUUUAGGGAGAAGGGAGGGGGUUUCUGUGUUCUUAAAGCACUACCACAGCCCUCCACUAGGGGUGGCACUACUCACUGAACCUCCUCCCUACUCCUAACCUCCUUAAAGAUUCCUGUUAGUUUUUUCUAGUCUUAAAUAGUUUUUCUGUUUGUUUUGAGUUGGCUGCCUUGGGUACUUGACACUUUGUUAUUAGAAAUGGAUGAUAUAUAUAAUAUAUAUAUAUAUAUAUAUAUAUAUAUAUAUAUAU